GCGCCCGCGCGCGCGCAAAAGCCGAGAGGCGCGGCCUGCCGUUGCCAUGGCGGCGGUGGAGGGUCGCGGAGGGCAAGGGGCGCUGUGGGGCUCUCGCGGCCCGGCCCGGCCCGCCAUGGAGGACGAACUUUACCUGGAGAACAUCGACGAGUUCGUCACGGACCAGAACCGAGUCGUAACGUAUAAAUGGCUGAGCUUUACCUUGGGAGUUCAUGUGAAUCAAGCCAAGCAAAUGUUAUACGAUUACAUAGAGAGGAAACGGAAGGAGAACGCAGGAGCCCAGUUGCACGUCACCUAUUUACUGGCAGGGAACGUCGUUCAGAACGGACACACUUACCAUAAGGUUGCAGUAGUGAAAGAAGAUAAAUUAGAAGCCAUGAAAGCCAAGCUCUCCACGGUGGCCAGCGUCCACGUCUAUAGCAUCCAAAAGGCCCUGCUGAGGGACAGCAGCCCUCUCUUCAACACCGACUACGACAUCCUCAAGACCAAUCUCCAGAACUGCAGCAAAUUCAGUGCCAUUUGCUGUGCUGCCGCCAUCCCCAGGCCUGUCGCCGAAGACUCCCAGGCCGAGACCCCCGCCCAGGACCCCCCCCAACCUCCCCCCACCACAAAAGGGCCGGACGCGCCCGUGCUCAACGGCCAGGCGCCAGGCACGUCGUCCAAGCAGCCCGCCCAGCCGGCGAAAGGCAUCCUGGGAAUGUUUGCGGCCAAACCAGCCCCCAGACCCAAGAAUGGCCACAAGGAGUCUCACCUAGACGCCAAAGAGAGCCCCGGGGCUUCAACGAACAACAGCAAAGCCCCAGCGAAAGGAAACACGCUGAAUAACUUCUUUGGGAAAGCUGCCGUUAGCAAAGAGGGUGCAGGCAAAGCCAGUGCUGAGCCCGAGCAACAGAAGGAAGAGCGAUCAGCGGCCAAGCCAGCCGUUCCUUCCACCGACCCAAAAUCUCCUCCAGGUCAUGAGAAGCCCAGCAAGGAGGCCGAGCCGGCCAGAGGGCAGCAGAGAGAGAAGAGAAGAGCAAAGAGGACAGACAUGGAGGAGGAGGAGGAGGAGAAAGGAGCCGGCCACUUGAAGAAGAAAAGGCGUCGGAUCAAACUGCCUCAGUCAGACAGCAGCAGCGAUGGGGAAGGCGCUGCCUCCUCGCCAGCAGCUUCUGAAGAUUCUCCCCCUGAGCCAGCUCAGAAGCCUCAGCCUCCGCCAGCCCCUGCACCAGUGGUGGCUUCCGUGGGAAAGAAGAAACACAAGCGGAAACGUGUCUUGAAGUCGAGAACUUUUGUAGACGACGAAGGCUGCAUCGUGACCGAAAAGGCCUACGAGAGCGAGUCAUGCACGGAGAGCGAAGAGGACGUCCGCACCAAGCCCGGCGCAGCUCGCAAGGCCUCCGUUGCGGCCGCGAAGAAGGAGCCCAAAGAGGAGAAGAAGGGCACCAAGAAAGGGGGGCUGGUCCCUGCCAAGCCCAACAAGCAGGCCUCCAUCAUGGGCUUCUUCCAAAAGAAAUGAUCCCCCGUCCUCCGACGAUUUGCAGGAAUCCCUACCCGGGAGGCACGGGAUUGGCUGCCCAGGUGAGCUCUCGGCAUCCAGACAAGGAGACUCUGGAAGCUUUUGGUUCUGGACUGUGAUGGGCACCUGGUGCUGAAGGCCUGCCCAGGGCAGCCACGCAGGUAGAUGUUUUAGAUGGAAGGUGGCACCAUCCUUGGUCUUCUUGAAGCAAAGCUAUUUGAGGCAAGGUCCUCCCCACAGGUGUGGUGGCUGCUCCAUACCUUUGGCUCCCAUCGGUGCUCGGAGAUUGAACGGAUGUCCUUCCUCCUCAGCGGUGGGCUUGCAGUCCUUUCCUGGAAACUUCUUCUUCUGUUGGCUUUGGGGCACAAGUUGGCCUCGUUGACCAGAGGUCCGAGCCCCGCGUCUCCAGAUGGCAGCCUGAGGAAACCAGCAGAGAUCCCUCCAGGAACAUCUCUGGUGGUUCCACAGGGCUCCCUUUCCAGAAGGCCUGUAGAGGACCUCGUGAUCCUGCAGGGCUUGCGUCCAACUGGUGAGAUCUCAUGAUCGGCUAGGACCCGCAGCUGGAAACAUCUGGCCUGCUCUCUUAAGGAAUCUCCACCGCCUGGCCCAAUAAGCCCCCUUCCCGUUCUCUGGGAAUAAUCGCCAAGGCUGCCUAGUCAAGGCUAUUGAGGGACGCUUGGGUCUUCUAAGAAGACCAUCAACUUACUUUGUAGUCCUUCCAACGGAUUCCUCCCGGUUCCUUAGAUGGUGCAACCCCGCUUGAUCCUGCCUCCAGAAGAUCACCCAUCUGGGACCUCCACCAAGGCCUCUACUCUUAAUUGGCAGUUGUGAAUUUCCCCACAAAUAGAAACCCACCAGGAUUGGAUUAGGACCACCCUUGGGGGUUCGAAGACGCUGCUCGAUUGUCAACACCGGCGCGUAUCUUCCCCACGUGGUUUGCACAGAGGAGCAGGCCUUGCUCUUCUCCGUUCCAAAGAACGCCGCUUCGGCAUAGACCCUCUGCAUGUAGCAGCCCCCUCCAUAAGCUGGGAUGAAGGGAUGCUUGGAAAAUGGGGGGGGUCUUUUGCUGUUUUGGGGGGGCGGGGAAGGAGGGUCUGCUGAAGAAAGAAGCCGUUGAUAUUGAAAAGAACGAGAAGGAAGACCAUUUUGGAUGGAGAGGCUCAACGCCAAAGAAACUAAACGUAAAAUUCUAUAAAGGACUCCAUUAUAGGGACAGCAGCAGGUCUUCCUCUGGAUGUUGUCGGCUGUGGGUGACAAAAACCACAACUGCCUCUUGGAUGGUCGCUUGGCCCCUCUCUGGCUGGCCUGCCUCGGUUUUUACUUCGUUGGGAGUUUUCUGAACAUUGGAUAGGGUUGGUUUUAUGGGUUUUUUUUCUGCUGGACUAUAGGGGAGAGAAAAGGAGCAGGAAUUCGAAUCAGUUGUCCCCAGGCGACACCAGGCAAGUAUUGUACAGACACACAAACACACAGAUGAACACAGUUCAAUUCUAGCGGUAGUUGAUGGCGGUUUUUGCCACCAUUAAUGCAGGGGACUUCCAACUUGGCCC